CUGCCUUGGCACCGUGCGCAACGUAUUUCGGUUACGGUUCUUGUGGGCAUAACAGUUACUAAUUGAGAUAACCGACACGCAAGCCGUCGCAACACAGAAGGAACUCUUGUCAAUUUUGUGCGUGUGCGUGUGUGUGCCAGUGUGAGUGUGUGCGACUAAUAAGAAUUACAAUAAGAAUAUUUCCAUAUACACAUAAAUAUAUAAACAAUGGAUAUCAAGACGAGAGCUGCAACGCCGCCUAUGCAAGCUACCGCAGCUGCUGCUGCUGCUGCUGCUGGCGUUGUGGAGGCUGGCUCAGCCGGUGGCAGCCUGGCAGCCUCCAAUGUGGAGCACAAGCAAACGUUUCAGCACAUCUUCGAGCAGCUGGCACAGCAGAGCGGCGGCCCGCACAAAAUGGCGCCCAAACAGUUGGAGCAUCUGCGCCAUCUGUUGGCCAAUGUGCGAGACGCGAAGAACUUGCAGUUGAUUGUGGAGAAGUUCAAGAAUCUGGAGCAGUUCCAAGACCAUUAUGCUCACCUGGGCAGCAGCAAUGGCAACAUCAACAUCAACAACAACAACAACACGCUCAAGGACAACGCACGCAAAUUCGGAGCUGGCGGCCAGACUUUGACGCCCCGCCACACAAUCGACGCGAUUCUCGGACUCAAGAAUCGCAAUGGCCAAGCGCAGAGCCAGCUGCAGGCAGCAGCCGAGGGCAGCAGCGAUGGUGAUGGCGAUGCGUCGAUGGCUGAGGACGAUGCCACCGAUCUGCGCUGCAGCAGCAUGUCGCUGACUCAGCUGCGCCACAUGGACAGCCACAUGGCCAGCAUGCUGCAGCAGCACUCGAAGAACGGCCUGAGCUAUGGGCCGCCAACACCGCCGGCGCCACCGCCGCAGCAGCAGCAGCAGCCACAGCCGCCGCAGCAGCAGCAGCAGCACCCGUUGCAGUCGCCGCAUCAACACGGCGCUGCCUUUGGCUACCACAAUGCCUUUGGCUACAACCACGGCGGCGCCACACACUUUGGCCACCAGGAGGAGGCGGCGGCGGCCGGCAACUACCUCAACUCGAUGCACCAGAUGGUGGAGGCCAAUCAAUUGCAGCCGCAGUCGCAGUCGCAGUCGCAGUCGCACUCGCAGGUGGGGCACAUGGGGCAGCUGGCCCCGCCGCCGCCCUCGGCCGCCGUCUACGGCAGCCACCAGCAGCACUUGGCGGCGCUCGCUGCGCAUGCGCAGGAGCAGCACAAUAAAUAUGCCAAAUCAUCGUCGCCAGCCUCCGCUGCUGCUGCUGCUGCUGCCGCUGCUUCUGGCAGCUACUUUCAGCCGGAGGGGCAGGGCUCGGCAAUUGGUGCGAGUGGAGCACGCGACUACGACGAGCGUUCAAUGUCCUCGGGCAGCGAGCUGGAGGAGGACGAGGAGCAUGAUGCCGCGAAGCUGCAGCACGAAGCGAGCAUCAACAUCGAUGUCACCUCCCCGCCCACGCCGCGGCCCAUCGGCAGCAGCGGCAGCGGCAGUGGCAGUGGCAGUGGCAGCGGCGGCGGCAACAAGCGCAAAUCCACCUUCAUCGACGAUAAUGAAGCGAAAUUAGCCAACGGUCAGUCGAUGGCCAAUUAUGGCAUCAGAGCGCGCAGUCUCGACGAGGUGCAACAACAACAGCAACAACAACAACACCAGCAGCAGCAGCAGCAGCAACAGCAACAACACUUUCAGCAUGAAUAUCGCAAUAACAAUAGCAACAACAACAACAACAUGGGCAACAAUCAGGUGGAGCAUGUGGAGCGUCUGAAUGGGGACAAUGACAGUUUGGUCAACGGCAGCUGCGCCUCCAGCGAGGAUCUCAAUCAGACCAACAGCAGUGAGCAGGGCGAGAAAAUUACAUCCGGCAGCGAUGAUGAAGGCCAGGAUGAUAACUGCGCCAAGAAGAAGCAUCGCCGCAAUCGCACCACAUUCACCACCUAUCAGCUGCACGAGCUGGAGCGCGCCUUUGAGAAAUCGCACUACCCGGACGUCUAUUCGCGCGAGGAGCUGGCCAUGAAGGUGAAUCUGCCUGAAGUGCGUGUCCAGGUCUGGUUUCAGAAUCGACGCGCCAAGUGGCGUCGCCAGGAGAAGUCGGAGAGCCUGCGCCUGGGCCUGACGCACUUUACGCAGCUGCCGCAUCGCCUGGGCUGCGGCGCAUCCGGCCUGCCCGUCGAUCCGUGGCUCUCCCCGCCGCUGCUGAGCGCGCUGCCAGGUUUCUUGUCGCAUCCGCAGACCGUUUAUCCCAGCUAUCUGACCCCGCCGCUGAGCCUGGCCCCGGGCAAUCUGACCAUGAGCAGUCUGGCUGCCAUGGGCCAUCACCAUGGGCCGCCACCGCCACCGCCACCGCCGCCGCAUGGGCCGCACAGCGGUCAGCUGCCGCCGCCGCCGCCGAACGGGCCCCAGCCGCCGCCCCCACCCCAGCAUCCGCAUGCGCACGCCCUCGCCGGCCACCAUGCGGUGCCGCUGUCCCAUCUGUCGCCGCACCUGUCACGCAUGUCACCGCAUGCAACGUCGCUGACGCCGCUGCCCCCGGCGGCGACGACAGCGACUGCUUGCUCGACCACCUCGUCCUCGUCCUCGUCGCUGGAGUGCAGCGGCCCAGACGUGUGCAUGUCACCACAAAACCUCAGCAUUUCGAAUGCCGACUCCAACGGGGAUCUGCGCGACUGCAGCGACGCCGAUGCCGGCAGCGGCAACGGCGCCGGCGGCCACGGCCUGGAGAAGUGCAGCAACGAGCUGCUCGACGUCGGCCGGGAGAGCCCUCCGCCCACAUCCUCCUCGCUGGCCCUCAAGCGCGCCUCAGCUGGCACGCCGCCCUCGGUCGACAUGCGCAGCAACUCGAUUGCCACGCUGCGCAUCAAGGCCAAGGAGCAUCUCGAUAAUCUCAACAAGGGCCUCGUCUCCAUGGUCUGAAUGGUGCAGCAAUUCUCACAAGUUUAACCCGAAGCAUUAGGCCUUAGUUCUUCAAUCACAGAGAUUUAUUAUAUAUAAUCAUAAAUGUUUAGUUGCUUGAGAGUUUUAGUUUAGAGAAUUUCAUCGUUGUAAUCUAAUUUCUAUUAGAACAGAUCAGAUCAGAGCAGAGCAGAGCAGAGCGGAAGUCCCAGUGAGUAAAUGGUCUUUUAAAUCAUCAAAACAAAUCAAAUAAUAAUAGGAUUUUAAUGUGCAUAUAGAGCUAUUUGUAACGUCUCUCUAAUUCCUAAAGACAAACACUAACUAUAAUAAUAAUGAU